AUGGAGGCGCAACACGCGCGCAAGAGGAAGCGCUCAGCCAUCGCUUGCACGCGCUGCCACGAUCGAAAAGUCCGCUGCUCGCUGGCCUUCCAGGGCAUCCCAUGUGCAAACUGUGCUCAGGAUGGCACCGUCUGCAAGGUCUAUGGCCAGCAGCAUGCCGCCCGCUCGGGCCAGGCCAGCCGACCUUCAUCGACACCAGUCUACCCUCUGACGCCGUCUCCAAGAUCCAUACCCACUGCCGAGGUAUCGCACCAAGGAUCGGAUGAAGUCGAAGUCCCCCGGGAGUGCGCAAACCUGGAGAAGAGCCCGGCACAGGUGGCGUCCCCGGACUGUCCAAGGGGUCCAGACACAUCCCGCGAGAUCGCAACCGGCACUCAGCAAACUCCCACCACGGUUUCAGACCCAAUAUCUGAAAGACCUCGCAGCUCUGACCAUUCACGGGACAUCUUAGUGCCUUAUUAUGCCGGAGAGUCUGAGGGACUCGAAUUUGUGUUCGAUCUCUGCUCGCCAAAUCGGCCGGUGAAAGGAAGCCCAUAUAUCAUCAGCCGCAACGUCCUCAAACGACAACGCUUCGAACCAGAGAUAACGCCUGGUUCCAGACCCCUAUUUCCCCCUUCGGUCUGCGCGCGGCUCCUUCGCUGCUUCUUUAGCUACGUCUACCCUUUCUUACCGGUCGUGAAUGCCGGGGAAUUUAUUACAAAGUAUUCCGAUGAUCCCAACAGCGUCAGCUGCCUGUUGUUGUGGUCGGUAUUUUUUGCUGCGGCGAUCUACAUUGAUGCGGAGACUCUCAAAGCUAUAGGGUUCCAAUCCCGCAAAAUCUUGAAGCAAUUUUGCUAUCAGAAUGCCAAGAAGACGUAUGAUGCGCAGCUCGAGGCUGAUAAGUCCGCUAUCAUUGCGUCGGCUUUACUCCUAGGUUACUGGUAUGUUGACCUGGAGGAUCUAGACGGCGCCCCCUAUUGGAUUGGAACAGCCAUCCACCUGUCCUUUGGUAUUGGGCUCCAUCGUGAACCAAGCUACUCUCGGCUUCAGCGGUGUCCGUUCCCCUCAUCACAACGAGCACUCUGGAGACGGCUGUGGUGGUGCAGCUAUUACCGCGAUGCCUGGCUCUCGUUGGGCACUGGAAGGCCGAUGCGCGUCCACCUGGAUGACUGUGACCUGAACCUGCCGACCGUUCACGAUGUCGUGGAUGAUGUCAAAGAUCUAUCUCCGGAGCUGCGCGAGGCAUUCCUACCCCGUGAUCUCGAGGAACUGACGGAGCUCUGGAUCAAGUUGCUCCGGUUGUCCAUAAAGCUGGAAGACGCCAUGGUUUUGCAUUACCGACCGCGAAGGCCACCGCUAUCAUUGUCUCAGCUGGAAGCCGACUAUGCGGACGUAUCAAAUCUUCUCGACAACCUUUCCAUAGACAUAGAAAAACAAUCUCGAAUCUUGGGCCUGCACAUGAGCCAUCUCAGAUGCUAUUGCGAUGCAACCAUCAUUCUGCUUCAUCGCUCCUACAUUCUUUCCACACCCGAACACCUGUCGCCGGCCGAGCGAAGCAGUCUCCAAGCAGUCGCGACCCAGAGAUCCAAGGCUGCCGCGGCUGAUUCCACGAGCACCCUCAACAAAUUAAUCGCCCAGGAUAUGAUUGAGACAUCACCUGCAAUGCUCGUGACUGCCAUCAUGACUGUCAUGCAGAUCCACUUGUUCGAGCUUGCUCGAUCCGACGGCCUCAUCCGUCAGCAUGCCGGGCACAAUUUAAACCUGUAUUUGAUGGUCCUCUCCCAUCUCAACAAGACAUUUUGGAGCGCGGACAUGCAUCGCAACCUCUUCAGCGAGGUCCUGAAGGCGUUCAACACGGGCAAAACAGGAGACGCGAAGCAAUAUGCGGGCUACGCGGCGGGUCUCCAGGGUCCGGCUGGGCGAGCAAGCACUCCUCAUCCUCGCGACGAUCAGAUGAACUCCAUGAACACUGUGCUGGACUCCUGCGGAUUGAGCGGGACUGCUUUCGACGAUUUCUUCGCGUCUUUUGGUCCAUUCGACAAUUUUCAAUUUUGGUUUGAUGAGGGGUAA